UUGUGUGUUCAAGACUUAAUAUGAACACAUAUUUUCCUGUGAGAAAGAUUAUUAAAGCUGUUUCUACACAACGCUGUUCUAAACGGGAACGCCAUGCAUCUCUUCAAGAAUGUCUGGAAUCUGUCAAAGAUCACCGGAGACGUCGAUGGAGGUGGAAACCCUGGGGCGUCCUCGUGUGCCUGUCGGCUGCACUGCUGUACUUCACCGUGACUAAACAUCUCGACAAAAUAUACUACGAGAAGAUUGUGGAACAGGAACUGCUUGAUGAAAACUACGCCGAGAAUCUUAAAACAUCCUCAAUUGAUACGCCCCACAAUGUCAGCGCUACUACCGAGGCAAAGACUCCAUCAGUAAAAUACAACGAUCUACCAUUCUGUAUCCGCAGAAGACUGCACAAUGAGACAUUGAAGGCAUUAGCAAAAUUCCACUUGAAUUUGACCAGUGUGAAUAUAUCACAGGAGAAUGUUUUUCCCGGCGUUCUUAAAGGAGGUUCCUAUCAUCCACCGGAAUGUAGGAAUAGAUUCCGCGUCGGAAUUGUUGUACCUUCACAAUACAGGAACCGAGAACAAAAUCUUGGUAUUUUCCUAAACAACAUCCAUCCGUUCUUGAUGCGUCAGAAGCUUGAGUAUCAAAUAUUUGUCAUCGAGCAGGAUGGUAACGAUCUAUUCAACAAAGGUCGCCUGUUCAACGCUGGGUAUAAAGAGAUGAUGAAGUUCAACAAGUUCUUCUGCGUCAUUUUCCAUGAUCUGGACUUGCUGCCUCUUGACGAGAACAUCAUGUACAAUUGCCCAACUUUGCCCAGGCAUAUGUGUGCCCACGUUAAUGACACCGAUAUUCGAAGGGAGUUUAAUAUAACAUAUUCGUUUAAAUCCUUAUUCGGCGGUGUGGUCUCAAUGACUAUGGAGCAGUUUAACAGAGCCAACGGUUUCUCCAACUUGUACUUCGGAUGGGGGGCAGAGGAUAAUGACAUGUUCUGGAGGCUCCACGCUGCCGGGUACCCAGUGGUGAGAUACCAGAAGUCUGUGGGGACGUACCUCGUGUUACCACAUAAAAGAGAGCCAGCCAAUCCAUACAGGUUCCACCUCCUCAGCCGAGCUGUGGAGAGGUACAAACAAGAUGGCCUCUCCAACCUGGAAUAUUACGUCCUAGCUACGUAUUUCCGUCCUCUUUGCACGCAUAUUGUCGUUGAUAUUAACCCUAGGGAUGACAAUAUUACUGCCCUCAACCUUAAAUGGGGUAAAAGUUAUCAUAAAUUCUAAUUAUGUAAGUACUGAUCGGCUGAGGUGAAUUAAAUCUAGAGAACCUCAAGCACCUUAAAGGCGUUCUUAACCUGUUGCGGCGUCGCCGUCACUCUAGAGCAGGGUUUCUCAAAGUGGAGUACACGGACCCCUAGGGAUUCGCGACAAGAUUUAGGUACGUAAUGAUGGCUUAUGUGAGAGUGAGUUUUCACACCUGGUCAUGAUAAAAACUAAAUACAGAAAUCGACUUGUUAAGUACCGAGUCAGAAUUACUCCUAACAUUGAAUCCAUUUGCGAUAAUAAACAAGCACACCAAUCACAUUAAUAUUACAAAGAUAUUUCUUUUGAUACUUUAUACUGUUACCUUUUUUUCAAAUGGAAACCUUAUUUUCUUCAAUAGUCAAUUUUAGGGUGGUGUUCAUUAGUUGCAGUUGUGUCAAUUGGAAAUUUUAACAAGGGUUCGUGGAGCCUAAAGUUUGACAGUCAGUUGCAGGAACGAUCAUUAAAUUUUUAAAGUGACUUUAAAUAUUAAUGAAGCUUUAAAGUGUUGCACAAAGAAGUAUUUCUAUCUUAUUUUAAUGCCGGAUUAACUUUAAUUAAAGAAACGUCAAAUCGGGACUUUAGCCUAUUUUUUACGUUGCACAAAACGUCAUUAGCGCUAAAGGAGCAUUAAAUUGACAGUUUGGGGUUAUAAUUUUUAAUGCCUAAUCAAACAUCCAUUAAAUU